UUCGAAUAUGGAAAAGCUUAACUAGAACAAGGAAAGUCCCAAGCUAAGGAAUUUGCUCUAGGGCGGGUUGAGAAUAUAUAUAAUUUCAACCGGUGCUUUUUCUCUCUUAGCCACCAACUUAAAUUUCCAAUUAUGCCCUCGAUCAAGAAAGUAGCAUCCGCCGAGAUUUACCCGCCAAGUUCUCCGCCGCCGUUCCUGGUGGUAAGAAAGUACGAGGAAGAGAGUGACAAGGCGGCUGUAGAGGAGCUCGAGCGGCGGUGUGAAGUGGGCCAGCCUGGAAAACCGUCUCUGGUCACCGACCUCAUGGGAGACCCGGCUGCGAGAGUUCGUAAUUUCACGUCACACGUUAUGCUGGUUGCUGAGUAUGGAGGUGAAAUUGUUGGAGUCAUAAGGGGCUGCAUAAAAACUGUGACAAAUGGAAAGAAAAUGUCAAGCACUCAAAUCCCAGUCUAUGUGAAGUUGGCUUACAUUCUUGGCCUCAGAGUUUCAUCCACACACAGGAGGCUCGGUAUCGGCACAAAACUCGUUCACGAAUUGGAAAAAUGGUGCAGACAAAACGGUGCACAAUAUGCAUACAUGGCUACAGAAUACAGCAACCAACCUUCUCUAAAUUUGUUCACGAAGAAAUGCAACUACAUAAAAUUUCGCAAUCCCACCGUAUUAGUACAACCCGUUCAUCUACACUCCAAGCCAUUAUCCUCCGAUGUAAUGAUCAUUCAGAUUCCACCGCAGCUGGUGGAACUAGUCUAUCGAGACAUAUUUGCAAACUCUGAGUUCUUUCCGAAAGACAUUGAAUGUCUACUGAGAAACAAACUCAGUCUAGGCACUUUCAUGGCCUUACCAAAGAAAUCCCUCUCCAAAUGGAACCAUAACACUGACAAGUUGCCAUCUUCUUUUGCUAUCCUUAGUGUUUGGGACACUAAGGAGGUUUACCGGUUGCAAGUGAAGGGCGUAUCGGUCAUAACGCAUGUCGCGUGCCUAGGGACCAGGGUUUUGGAUGCCAUGGUUCCAUGGCUAAAAAUCCCAUCUUUCCCUAAUGUGUUUGAGAAUUUUGGAUAUUAUUUCUUGUACGGGCUCUACAUGCAAGGCCGGGAAGGGUCUCGACUAAUGAGAAAUUUGUGCAAAUUCGCGUAUAAUAUGGCUAGAGCGGAUGUCGGUUGUAGGGUCGUGGUGGCCGAGGUAGGGCAAAUGGACCCUGUAAGAGAGGCCAUUCCACAUUGGAAGAAGCUUUCUUGGGACGAGGAUGUUUGGUGCAUAAAGCCACUUUUUGGGCAAGUUAAGGAAAAUAAUUACCAUGAAUGGUAUAGGUCUUCGGUGUCUUCUUCAGUUAUAUUUGUUGAUCCGCGUGAUAUUUGA